CUCCGCUUCUGGUUCAAAAUACACUUGGUUCUAUCUCUUAGCCACCCCUUUAUUGCGUAUACUGUUGAAAAGCAAAGAUUCAAAGAGUAAAGGAAGAGCUCUUCCUUCUGGCGCCCCCAAUAGAGUCGCUUUAAACUUCACAAAAUUGUAUUGAGAGAUGUCUCUUCAAUCUACUUUUUGGUUGACAAGUGCAAAUCAUUUGAGUAAAUAGGAAACAAAAGUCCGUAACACCAAUCAUCUAGUACAUGAACAUCAACAUAAAUUAACAACAGUUUUACAGUCUUAAUUGAAGUAAUAACGAUAAUACAAUGAGUAUAACGGAAAAUCAAAUUAAAAGUAAUGGAUCAAACGGCAAGGGUCCCUAUGAAAAUCGAGAUGAACUUCAUAAAGCUCAACGAAUUGUGAUAAAAGUAGGAAGUGCAGUUUUAACCAGAGAAGAUCAAUCUGGAUUGGCGCUUGGUCGGUUGGCUUCUAUUGUUGAACAAGUUUCUGAACUUCGUAACACUGGUAAAGAUGUUAUGCUUGUAACCAGUGGAUCAGUCGCUUUAGGAAAGCAAAAAAUCACUACAGAGCUUAGAAUGUCUCAGUCUAUGCGUCAAACACUGCGACAGUUAACUACUGAAUCGAACCGUGAUAACAAGUCUACAGCUCUUCAAAUUCGUGCUGCUGCCGCUAUUGGACAAAGUAAUUUAAUGGCUCUGUAUGAUACUAUGUUUACCCAGUACGGUGUUAAAAUUGCUCAAGUAUUGGCUACCAAAAGUGACUUCCAUAAUCCUAUAAGCCGUAUAAAUUUAAAUUACACUAUAAAUGAUCUAUUAUACCUUAAUAUUGUGCCAAUUGUCAAUACAAAUGAUGUUAUUGUUUCACCAAUGAUGCCAGAUGAUCCAGAGAUUAUUCAAGAACCAGAAACUGGACCAAAAGAGCAAACUAUCAUGGUUCAUGAUAAUGAUAGUCUAGCUGCAUUGCUUUCAGUUGAGAUCGGAGCAGAUUUGCUCAUCAUUUUGUCUGAUGUUGAUGGAGUUUACACUGCCCCGCCUGGUCAAGAAGGGUCCAAAUUGUUGAAUAUUUACUCUACAAAUGGAGACAGCUCUGUUAGAUUCGGAACCACCAACAAAGUUGGGACCGGUGGGAUGAAAUCAAAAGUUGACGCUGCAUCAUGGGCAUUGAAAAGAGGUGUUUCAACCGUUAUUUGUAAUGGUCAUGAAUUCAAUGCAAUUAAGCAUAUCGUAAACGGGUUUAAAAUAGGAACCUUUUUUACUAAUCACCGUCAAAAAAAUUCCUCUGUAGAAACGUUGGCGUCUAGAGCUCGCAUUGGUGGAUAUAAAUUACAAGCUUUGAAACCUGAAGAAAGAUCAGAUAUUCUUGUAAAUAUAGCAGAUCUAUUACUUGAGAAAGAGGCAGAAAUUUUGGAAGUAAACAGGAAAGACUUGAAAAUUGCUGAAGAGACAGGUUUAGCCGCUGUUUUAGCUUCCCGAUUAAAAUUGAAUCAUGCCAAACUGAAAAGCUUAGCGGAUGGGCUGAGAUCGAUAGCCGACAAAUCAAAAGAUAUAUUAAAUCGUGUAAUUAAGGAAACAAUUGUUGCCGAUGAUUUAAUUCUUAAACAAAUAACUGUUCCAAUAGGAAAUAUUCUUGUUAUUUUUGAAUCAAGACCAGAUUGUCUUCCUCAAAUUGCUGGUCUUUCAAUAGCCACUGGUAAUGGUAUAAUUUUGAAAGGCGGAAAAGAAGCAAUUCAUUCAAAUCAAUUUCUUUGGGAAAUCGUGCAAAAAGCUCUUUCAAAAUAUGGCGUUGAAGACUCAGUUGCCCUGGUGAAUACCCGAGAAGAGAUUGGUGAAUUAAUAACUCUUGAAAAUCAUAUUGAUUUAAUAAUUCCCCGUGGAUCAUAUGAAUUGGUGCGAGGAAUCAAGGAAAAAGCAGGGACAAUUCCUGUUUUAGGACAUUCCGAAGGAAUAUGUCAUGUUUAUGUAGAUAAAGAUGCAGAUUUAAAGAAAGCUAUUGACAUAGUCAUCGAUUCUAAAUGUGACUACCCAUCAGCCUGUAACGCUAUGGAAACACUGCUAUUGCAUGGCUCAUUGCUGAAAAAUGACUUUUUCAUUAAACUCUGUAGUCAAUUGAAAGACAAAGGAGUUACUGUCCACUCUGGUCCCAAAUUAUUCGCUGCUUUAACUUUUGCACCACCUCCAGCCAGUUCAUUGAAAAAAGAGUACGGAAGUUUAGAUUGUACAAUUGAACUGGUUGCGAAUGUGGAAGACGCAAUCAAUCACAUCAAUACCUAUGGAAGUGGUCACACUGAUGUAAUUGUAACAGAGAAUGAUGAAGUGGCUUCUUUGUUCAAGCAAAAUGUUGACAGUGCUUGCUGUUUCCACAACUGUAGCUCAAGAUUUGCUGAUGGCUAUCGCUUUGGUCUUGGAGCUGAAGUUGGAAUAAGCACAGGAAAAAUUCAUGCUCGUGGACCUGUUGGAAUGGAAGGUCUUUUGUCCACUAAAUGGAUUCUCUCUGGAAACGGACAAACGGUUCAACAAUUCUCUAAUGGAACUUGCCAGUAUAAGCAUUUGGAAGUUGAUCCAGUGAUGAAGAAAAUUGAUUAAACCACUUUAAUUGACUCAACCAAUUUCCACUUAAUAAAUCUCUGUUAGGCUUUUUAUAAAUCCAAUAUCAAAUCAAAUAUGAUGUCAACAGCAAUUCUAUUAUCAAUUUCCAAUUCAUGAUCUGGUGCAAUAAUGAAACAAAAAGAAAUGUUGAUAAGCUGAUAAUCGAUGACAAUCUUAUUUAGUUUGAUGAAGAUUCUGGUUUCAAUUGACUUUAUUGGAUUACAAGAUUAAUAGUAAAUUAUUACUUAAAAAGUAUUUAAGGACGCAAAAUCAAUAAAAAUCCAAACAUGUCUACAAUAGGAAGUAAGGAGUAAAAGUCAAAACAAAGGAACAAGCAAUAUUACAUAAAAAGAUGAAGAUAAUUGUUUUCAAUCAUCUCUCGAGUGGACCAAACAAAGCAAAGGAUUUCACCGUAAUACAUCUCGAUUAAGCAUCUUCAUGUAAUCAAAAGACCGUAAUGUAACUAAUCAAGCAAAGAGGAGCAAUUUAUUUAAUCAUCUUUGAUUUAUCAAAGUCUCAUCUUUUUGUAACCCAAAGUCAAAAAUAAUUUACCAAUUUAAUCAAAAUUGAAAUGUAAUUUACCCUGAAUUUUCAACUAAAAGAUCCAUCCUCAACAUCAAUCCUCAAACAAACAAACCAUUGAUUGUUCAUCAUUUCAUGUUUACAUACUUUGUUAUUACAAUCAAAUAUUUAAUUUAUACUUUUAAUUAAAAUCAACUUGCCCAAACAAUUGAGAUAACCUCGAGUGCAACGAAAAUCACAAGUGCCAAUCUUUGACCUUUCAAUAAUGUAACCCACUCAACAAUUUAUAAACCACAUGAGAAAAUAAUUAAACACUUAACAGCCAAUGUUUGGUAUUAUUGAUGUUUACACACCACGUAAACAAUUAAAUUGAAA